CAUCUUCAGCGCCUUUACAUGAUCAAAUUUUGUCAGGAUCAGUGACAGGGUCAUGUUUAUCAUAAAAGAAAGAAACUUAGUCAAGUUCCUGACGUUUGAUAAAGCGCCACUAGCAAUAUAUAAUGUAUACAAAUAACAUAUGCUCUGCAUCUCUCUGCCUUUUUUUCAUAUAAAUCAUCAGUACCUUAGCAAAAGGGAAGAAAGAAAAAGAAUAAUCAGAGCGAGGAUGGCUGGAGAGCAAAGAGUUGUAAUUCCAAGGGUGAAACUGGGUUGCCAAGGAUUAGAGGUCUCCAAAUUGGGGUUUGGGUGUAUGGGACUUAGUGGUGGGUACAACGCCGUCUCUGAAGAGUUUGGGAUUUCAAUCAUUAAGGAAGCAUUCAAUUCAGGAAUUUCAUUUUUUGACACGGCUGACAUAUAUGGAUUUCACACUAAUGAAGUCUUGGUUGGCAAGGCAUUGAAGCAAUUGCCUAGAGAAAAGAUCCAAUUGGCUACAAAAUUUGGUGUAGUUUUAAAGGGUUCUGAUUAUGCCAGCAGCGGAAUUAAUGGCAAACCUGAAUACGUUCGUGCAUGUUGUGAGGCUAGUCUAAAGCGUCUUGGCAUGGAUUAUAUUGACCUAUAUUAUCAACAUCGAGUGGACACUUCAGUGCCAAUAGAGGAAACUAUGUUAGAGCUUAAGAAGCUAGUAGAAGAAGGAAAAAUUAAGUACAUUGGACUAUCUGAGGCAAGUCCUGACACCAUUAAGAGGGCACAUGCAGUUCAUCCCAUUACGGCUGUGCAGAUGGAAUGGUCACUUUGGACUCGUGACAUUGAAGAAGAAAUAAUCCCACUCUGCAGGGAACUUGGAAUUGGAAUAGUUCCGUAUAGCCCUCUCGGUCAAGGGUUUUUUGGUGGCAAAGCGGUUGUGGAAAGUUUACCUUCAGAGACUCUGCUGAAAUUCCAACCAAGGUUCACUGAAGAAAAUUUGGAAAAGAAUAAGUUAUUGUAUACUCGAAUAGAAAAUUUAGCCAAAAAAUAUGGAUGUACUCCUCCUCAGCUUGCCCUUGCAUGGGUUAUUAAUCAAGGGGAUGAUGUUGUUCCAAUCCCAGGGACAACAAAGAUUAAAAAUCUCAAAGACAAUAUUGGAGCUUUGAGAGUUAGUCUCACAAAAGAAGAGUUAAAGGAGAUUUCUGAUGCUGUUCCUCCAAAUGAAGUUGCUGGAUUUAGAACUGCACACACUCGAUAUACAUGGAAGUUUGCUAAUACUCCACCAAGAGAUAGCCAUGUCUCAGCCUGAAUUUCUCAAUGCAUAAUCCAAGUGGGAAAGUGCUACAUGAUUUAAUAAAUUCCCAGUUGGACACUUGAACUAUGUCCAAGUACAUAAGGUUAUAAGGUUGAUUAUUAAAUUUUGUUAGUGUUGUUGCUGAUGGCUCUCUUAGUCCUGGUUGAGCACUUGGACUAUGUCCAAAAGGGCAUUUGGCCUAACAUAUGAAACGGAGCUUAUAAGCAUUAAAUAUUUAUAAGUUAA